UCAGUCUUGUGGACACAUCCGCUCCGAACAGAACGACGUCAUUGAAGGCCUUUUUCCGUGGGUGUGAGAGUGUGUGCGAAGAGUGUGCCUGGUCCAUGCAGCAACUUCCACUAAGGAUACAACGACUAAACCAUCUUAAGGCCCUACAGAGAAGGAAAGUCACCACUGUCAAGAGUGCUACCACAACCGAUACAUUCGUGGAAUCACUGGAGCAGGCAGGGCUCUGAUCCCAAUUGACAGAAUCAUCAUGGAUAAUCCUGGAAAACGAGAUGAGGCCAAGUUGUCAACGGGUUCGAAUGCCUCGAAUGUGUCCUCCAACGAAUCAGAUAGUGGUCUAUCCGGUUUAGACGACACUCAAUCCUUGAGCAUUGCUUCCACUUCUACCCGGGACGCGUCCAAAUCGCCCGUGCCAAUGAAACAGCGCAUGGAUUCCGUGUCAUUAGUGGAUUCGGGGCGGAGGACUCAAAGCUUGGAGGGUCUCAGUGAUGAUUUGGCCUCGAUCCAGUUGAGCCCGGGACCGAGAAGGCGUGGCAAGGCGGAAAAGCACGCUCAUUUUGCGGAUGAAUUGGAGCGUUCCAGAGGGGUGUCGAGUCCUGCCUUGUCCGCCCCGCCCACCAUGAGAAACAUUGUGCUUCCAGAUCCACCUCGUCUCAAGAAAUCCUCGUCCAUUCCGGUCCAUUUGACUGUGUCCAGAUAUGAAUCUUCAGCAUUGCCCUAUGCUCUUCGGCCAGAUCCGUUUUGCGAUGCUCGCCGCUCCCAUGAUCCGGAUUGUGCUACCCAGCAAGGGAACCACAACACCCAUGGGACUUGUCCCCGAGCGGCCAACAUCAUGGACUCGGAGUAUUCGGGGACCCGUGGGAAAAUGGAUUGGAAGUCCGCACCCGUUGUGGGCGGAAAGUUGGUUUCUCGGCGGACUGCAGUGGCCGCGUCGGCAGUGCACAAAUCAAAGGCUCACAGUGUUGAUGGACGAGUUCGAAGCCCUUUGAUGGACAUCGAUCCCACCCACAAUUCUCGUCGAAGCAGCAUCUCAUCUGUCACGCCGUCAACCCAUCGGAAGCCCGUGAAACCCAUCAAACCCAGUGCGGCUCCCCCAUCCUCCCACACUGCGGAUCGCAACGGCGGCUACAUGAAAUCCACCAAGAGUAGCUCCAACCGGGUGUCUCAAAAGCGGCGAGCACUCGUGCCCAAAGCCAUGAACGCCUCCAUGGAGAUCUGGGAAAUCCAGCGGGAGCUCAAACGCGGCGAAAUGGUCCAGGGCGUGUUGAAGAUUGGUCGACCUCGUCAAGAUGAGGAACCUUGUAUUUGUGCCCCAGUCAUGAUUGGUCGAGCUGAUGGGCAUAUGCAUUGGCGGAGCAUGUAGAACAUCGGGGAGGAUUUUUUUUCUUCUUUUUCUUUGCUCUCCGACGGAAUCCAUUCAGAUUGACCCAGUUUUAAUGGACACACUUACACACACACGUCAUUUACUAAUAAUCCUCUUCUCCAGCUGAAUUAUUCUUCUCAAUUGAGAAAGAGCGCUAAGUAUUACAUUUAUGUUCGGUUACUGUGCUGUCCAUCAGUGCAAACAGAAAGCAAACUGACCCCCUUCUCUCCCACUGAAUCGAUCCCAUUUGAACUGCAUGAAAAUACAGCUUCCACCCAAUUUUGAAAUCAACCGAUUUUGCCAAAGCAACUCAAGAACAUGAGCAACUCUAUUUUUUUGAAACAUACAUCCCAUGCUUGACGAUGAGAUUAUCCCGUGAUGAAACGAAUAUAAAUAAAGACAGACGCGACUACCGUUUUUCCCAACAAA